ACGUCCUCGUGCACAAUGGCGCAGAGCACUGAAGAUACGCGCAUUGGAGAUGUUCGCCCACUGAUCCCUCCUGCUUGUUUGACGGAGGAUAUUCCGCUUUCGGACAAGGCGAGGCAAACAGUCUUGUCUGCUCGAUCAGCUGUUCAGAAUGUGCUCGAUGGCACCGAUGACCGUCUCGUUGUUAUUGUUGGUCCGUGCUCCAUUCACGACAUCAAGUCCGCGAAAGAUUACGCUACUCGCCUGAGCCCUCUCAUCUCCAAGUACUCGAAAGACCUCGUCAUUAUCAUGCGCGUCUACUUCGAGAAGCCACGUACCACUGUUGGAUGGAAGGGUCUCAUCAACGACCCUGACCUCGACGGCUCUUACAAGAUCAACAAGGGUUUGCACAUUGCUCGCGAUUUGUUGGUGUCGGUAAAUGAGAUGGGUGUUCCCGCUGGCACGGAAUUUCUGGACACUAUCUCUCCUCAAUAUACUGCGGACACAAUUUCAUGGGGAGCCAUCGGAGCGAGAACUACUGAAUCGCAGCUUCACCGCGAGCUUUCCUCUGGUUUGUCAUGCCCCAUCGGUUUCAAGAAUGGAACUUCAGGAGCUAUGCAGAUUGCCGUUGACGCGAUCAGAGCUGCUUCUUGUCCGCACUACUUCAUGGGUGUGACCCAUCAGGGACUUGCUGGCAUUGUUGGCACAAAGGGCAACCCCUACUGCCACAUUAUUCAUAGGGGAGGCAGUGAUGGACCAAACUUUUCUGCGCAGCAUGUCGCUGAUACUUGCAAAAUCCUCGAGAAGAACAAUCUUCCCAAGAAGGUCAUGAUUGAUUGCUCUCACGCGAACAGCUCGAAGAAGCAUGAGAAUCAGCCCAAAGUUGCCGAAGACAUUGCAAACCAACUUGCAAAUGGAAGCCAUGAAAUCUUUGGUGUUAUGAUCGAGUCACACAUUCAUGAAGGACGCCAGGAUCUUGUAGAAGGGCAAGCUGACAAGCUGAAGUACGGUGUAUCUAUCACCGAUGCCUGUGUGAAUUGGGAAACGACAGAAUCGAUGCUCGAGACUUUGGCAAAGGGUGUCGAGGCACGCCGUUCCAAGAAGUAGAUCUCAUAUUAUUCUAUUCCUACGUUUACUCUUUGAUCCGGACGGAGUUUCGUGAAGCGAACUUUGGUCCCACGAAAAUUAUCAAAAU